GGGAUGCCCGGCUUCACCUGCUGUGUUCCGGGCUGCUACAGCAACUCCCACCGGGACAAGGGGCUGCACUUCUACACCUUCCCCAAAGACCCGGAGCUCCGGCACCUGUGGCUGAAGAACGUUUCCCGGGCUGGGGUGACCGGCUGCUUCAACACUUUCCAGCCCACCAACGGACACCGAGUGUGUAGCCUGCAUUUCCACGGUGGGCGCAAGUCCUACAGCAUCAAGGUGCCCACUAUCUUCCCCCUCCGCGGGGUGAACGAGAGGAAGACCCGCAGGGGCAAUGCCGGGGAUAGAAGCAAGAAGAGGCAUCACCAGCAGCCCAGCUACACCCCCACCUCAACUACAGUGCUGGUGACCACCCUGCCAGGGCAGGAGCAGGAAGUGCUAGAGCUGACAGGGGGUGCAGAGAUGAUGUUGCUGGGCACAGCGUCUGGCAUGGGGGACAUGGCUGCCGUAGAAGCCUCUGCCGCCGCCAUAGGGAGGUCCAUGGGGGCAGUACCAGGAGAACAGAACACAGCGGAGCCCAACCCUGUCAAUCUCACAGUCAAACUGGAUUCUGCGGGAGGUCCUGGGCUGAGCACCCACUUCUCUGCCGGGUCAUCCCACCAGCAGCUACAAGUGGUGGUGGUGGGAGAGGAGACCUACUCCAUGCCAGAGUACUACCCCUCCUCCCAGUUUGCAGACCACUCCUACUCAAUGUCCUCCGGUACCACCACAGAGGAGUUGCUGAGGAAGCUCAAUGAGCAGAGGGACAUUAUAGCUCUGAUGGAGGUGAAGAUGAAGGAGAUGAAGUCCAGCAUUAGACACUUACGGAUUACAGAGGUGAAACUUAGGGAGGAAAUCCGCCAGAAAGACAAAGUUCUGUCCAUGAAUGCCGCAAAGAAAAAAUUAGAAGGGAACUCGUAGGGUAGCCGUGUUGUGUUUCCAUCACUUGUCCUUAAAAGGGUCACUAAACCUAAAACAUAAGUGUGUUCAUAUGAAAAUAGAUGAAACAACUUACCACAUUAAAUACCUGUUUUAAAAUGUACUAAACUUAAGAGAAACAUGCGUUGUUAUUAUUAUGAAAUUGAAUGUAAUCUUAUUGACUGGACGGCAUUUUAUAUAAUUAGCUUUAAACUAUUCUGUAGUUUGCGCAGGAAAUAUCUGCAUAAAAUCCCUUCAUGGUACAUACAUUAACACCAACAUCUUUAGUUGUUACAUUUUGUUUUCUUCUUACUUCUGCAUGUGUUUAUGUGAUGUAUACUGUUUCAUAUAAUGCUACUCUUAUUUUAGGUUUAGUUUUCCUUUAAAAUGGUCCCUUUGAACUUGUUAUAAGCUGUUGGGUUUCAGCUUUAUAGGACUAUGGCAAACUAUUUUGGAAAAGACAAAAUCCAUUUAGAUGUCCAUGGAGGCAUCUUGUUAUGCACUUACAGCUUUCAUGUACAGAAAAUAUACAUGUUUCAACACUUUUUUUUUAUUUUUUACAUUUUCCUAUUGGGUGUUUUUCUUUUUCCCCCUAAUUCACCUUUUUGCUCAUAGAUUUGUUUCUGUAAGAGCCUUCUGCCUAGAUUUAGAGAUGAAGACUUGCCAAGAGCCAGGACAUCCAAAAAGUUUAUUGCUGAGAUCGCUGAAAGCCUUUCAAAAUAAAAGAUCAUACAGGUUCAUGGAUGUUAAUGUUCAAAUUUGUAAUGUUACAUUUAUUUGUCAUCAUUUGAAACUUGGAAAUAAUUGGUGAACAGGUACAGGAUACAGCAUCAUGAUGUAAAAACAUGUUUAUUACAUUGGAAAGACAAUUCUGAUAAUCCACAAUCAAUGUUUGACGGAAAUUUGUUCUUUUAUUUUUUAAUAAAAAUGUUUCUUUGAAAUGUAUUUCAUAUAUA